AUGGAUAUUGUACUUGAAAUUGCAGAUACAUUCGCUGCCGACCACCUCUACGCCUGGCUACUUCCGGCGCGCCAGGCUCCAUAUGACAUCUCUCUAGACCCCCCUUCCAACAUCACAUCAAGUACACUUCUGGCAUGGCAAUACAAGCCUGCUACUCGGGGGAUGUACCUCGAACCAACAGACGCCGCCUUUGCGAGCUGGUGGAACAGGGACAACAUCGUCCGUCAGCUCAUCACCCUCUACACCAUCACUGUGGUCUUUGGGUUUCUCAUCUACUUCAUAUUUGCCUCGCUCUCGUACGUCUUUAUCUUCGAUAAAAAAAAUCUUACCCACCCCAAAUUCCUCAAAGAUCAAAUCCGGCUCGAGAUGAUGCAGGCUAUCCAGGCCAUGCCUGUGAUGGCCCUUUUUACGGCUCCCAUGUUCGUGCUGGAGGUCAGGGGCUACGCCAGGCUCUACGACACCACCGAGGAGGGGCCAGGUCGAUGGUACGACUUUGCGCAGUUCCCAGUCUUCAUACUCCUUACCGACCUGCUCAUCUAUUGGAUUCAUCGUGGCCUGCAUCAUCCAACGAUCUACAAGCGCCUGCACAAGGGCCCAUCACAAAUGGAUCAUGCCUACACCCUAUGCCAGUCACGCCUUCCACCCACUGGAUGGUUUCGCUCAGUCUUUUCCUUAUCACAUUGUGCCAAUGGUCGUUCCUCUGAACAAAUGGGCUCACGUGGGGCUGUUCAUAUUCGUCAACUUCUGUUCACCACCCUCUGGGACCGGUGGGGAGGAAGCUACCGCAAGCCGGAUGGAGCCUGGUUCGACAAAAACAUGAAGAUGUCUGAAACGACUUGGAGAUCUGGAAUCGAGGAGAUGGAGGCAAUUCAAAAACAGGUUGAAGGCGAAGAUGAUCGCACCUACAGCACAGAAGAUGCCAAAAAGACGAAGUGA